CACUCUAACGUUAGGGGGGCUGCGGGCGAGAAACGGGCAUCGCCAGUGCCAGUUAAGACGCUUUAGUUCAGACACAAUCCUCAAAAUUUUCGAUUUUUUUGUUGCACACGCACACCUCCAUACUUCCUUCAUGGCCCACUCACACUCUCUCAAUUUUCCAUAACGCGCAAACGUCAAACAUUUUCCUUGCUAGUCGGAACCUGUCGGAACGUGUUUGCAAGGUUGUUUUUUUAAAAUGAAAAAGUGCGUUGUUUUUUUUACAAAAUUGAUGGUUUGCUCGUUUGCCCCAGAAGAUGGAAUAUUCACUAGGGACGGCUUGGCAGACUCCCAGUCGCCGCUGCUAGAUAACACGUCUCUAGCAUCGAUCAAAACGGCCACCUUUGGCAAACCAAGGAAGAUCUGCCACCAGCUGGAUAACCGGAUCAGGAAUCGGAGAAUCGGAAGCAAAGGAAAUUCCCAAAUAGUUGGCCCUCGAGCCAGAACGCGGUUGGAGCGGAGAUCAUCUGCCGUCGAAACUACUCUCCAAGGCACAUCGCCGUUGCACCUUUCCAAUGAGCAGCACAAACGGCUCUGGUGAAAGGCGAAAAAGUUUGGUGGAGGUGAUCAGUUGAACGGCCAGAGUCCGGUGGCCUGGUAGAAGAAGAGCUUGGUCCAUUCGACGAAAAGUGAUGUUGGAUAGUCGACCAUCCCCUCCCAUAGCAGGAGGGUUAUCCACCUCAAGACUACGACACCGCCUAGCUACGGAAACCGGGAGGUUCAAGGCAUCCGUUCAACCGAGAACCUACUACGAGUUAAGGUAGACAGUUGUCUUCGUAAGCUUCCUCCUCCGCAACCUCUUCCAAGCGGCGCUCCGCUGGCAUCCCCAAGGACCAAAACGGCCAAC